AGAAGAGGUGUCGGCACCUUUCUGAGGGUGUUGACCCCUCGCAGCUCAUGCUCGACCUCUGCACCUCGUGUUCAAGUUCUGCACUUCAUGCUUGGCCUUUGCAGCUCGUGGCUGACCUCGGCAGUACGUGUUUGAGCUCAGCAGCUCCUGUUCGAGUUCUGCACUUCGUGCUCGACCUCGGCAGCAAGUGUUUGAGCUCUGUAGCUUAUGCUCGAGUUUUGCACCUCAUGCUUGAGUUCUGCACUUCCUCGUGUAUGAGCUCUGCAACUCGUGCUCAAGCUCUGCGCUUUGUGCUCGACCCCUGCACUUCGUGCUCGGCCUUUGCAGCUCGUGCUUCAGCAUCCCACACCUUGGACUUCUACAUUUCGCAGUUCGUGAUUCAGCAAUUAUCAUUUCAAACUUCUACAGUUCGCAGCUCGUACUCAAGCAAGAUGCUUGCAGCUCGUGCUCUAGCAUUUCGCAGCUUGUGCUCUAGCAUUUCGCAGCUCGUGCUCAAGCAAGAUGCUUGCAGCUCCUCAUUAUCGAGCUUGAGUAAUGGAGCCCAGCCAUAGCUAAAUGGUGCUGGACUGCCUUGCUGGUGCACUGCUUUGAGCUUUGCCGUUGCCGAAUUGGACUGCUUUGUUGCUGUCGAGCUGGACCGUUUGGUUGCUGUCGAGCUAGGCUGUUUUGCUGCUGUCAAGCUGCUAGGUUGUUGUGCUGCUGCCGAGCUGGGCUGCUCUGCUGCUACCAUCAAGCUUGAGCUCAUCUUCUCACCAAGGGCACCACGUUUGUGAGAAAUUUGGUUUUUUUUAUUUUUUUUGAACUUUCAUGGUCCUGUGCUUUUUUUUUUUUUUCUCUUUUUUGUGGACCCCACUAAGUUACCUUAAGCUUGUGUUUUGCUAACAUUUUUUUGCUUCUUGAAUACUCACUGCUGACAUUGUACGAUGCCUCGAUAGUUGUGCAAAGCUACUCCUUUGUUUGUUCUCUUGUGAAAGCUUUUCUUCUUCGCAAGCGAAUAGACCCCUUUCAUCACA